AUGAUUCGGCAACAAGUUAUUUCAGAAUCUAAUCAGAUCUGUAUAAGAUAUAAUUUAUUUGGAUCUAGGUUAUCUCUACUGGCAGUAAGGAUGUUUAAUUCUGAAUUUCGCCGUUCAGCUGAUCAUCAUUUUAAGGAUAGUGUUCCAAGGCUUUCAAAACCUCUAGUUAGGGAUGACAGAGUUUACAGUUGUUCCGGAAGGAAUUUGCUUUCUUUUGAGAGCAAUGGCAUCAUUGCCUGGACCCUCAAUCUCAAUUAUACAUGCAAUCUCGGAAUAGCUCCAGUUCAUGGAGGUUCAAAUAAGGUAUAACUAAUUUAGCAGAUCUAUUUGGUUGCGCAAAAUAGGGUACUGAAAGUCAAUCCACUUAAUAUGGGGACUUCAGAAUCUUCCAUAGAAAUUCUUUUUGGUCCAGAGGCAGGAGGAGAAGAGAAUGAAAUUGUGGGCCUCGCUGUAAAUACACUGAGCUCAACUGUGAUCAUCAAUGUUAAAAACAGGGGACUUUUGGCAUACGGAUUAAAUGGGAAGUUACGAUGGAACACUGGACCGAUACAAUAUCGAUUCGGUUAUCGUCAAGGUUGCGUGAAAAAUGAGACAGAUUGUUAUUUCGCUUCAAGCCCAGUAAUUGAUCAUUGUGAAGCAAGUGUAUAUAUGUCAAAUAAUGAAGGAGAGCUAUAUGCUCUUGCUAUCCGCCACCCCCAUUUCAAAUGGAUUCAGGAUUUGAGCUCAGUUGAUAAAUCAUUCACUAUUACUCCAGGAAACAACGGGCGUUUGUACAUUACUUUCCCUUCAAAGGCUCUUGUACUGGCAAUUGAUGCAUACAAUGGAACAGUUCUCUGGCAAAAGAAUGUUGGUCCAUUAAGUUCUGCAGACUUUACCCCAACAGUUGAUUCCAAUGGUUGGAUCUCUUUUGGUUCACUAGAUGGGUUCCUCUACUCAUUUUCUCCAUUUGGGAUUCUCAAAAGGUUCCCUAAAUCAGACAAACAAGAUUAUGUAAUCCAGGUAAGCCCGUCACUUGAUUGCUCGGGUUAUGGUGUUUAUUUAUCUCAGACGAAGAUGCAAGAUAAGAUUAGCCAUGGAAUUGGAGUAUAUAAUUACAUAUCAGCAAUGAAACCUAUAACUGUUGUGUUCACUUUACUUCUCGUUCCUUCUGGUUUCGUUUACUGGUCUGAAAGCUAUCCUGGUAAAUUUUCUCAUUGGAAACAUCAACUCACAUCAUUAAUCUCUGGGAGUGACUUGAGGCAUUUUCUGGUGGAUGAAAGGAUCCUUCUGGCCUUCAUUAGUGCCUCAAAGAUGGGUAGUCCACUUCAGUGCCGUAGCACAAGUCAAAAACUUUCAUCAAGCUGUUCUCUGGCAGAACCCAAACAUGAUGACAUCUACACAGGAAAUUCGCGGGCAAUUGUGGUGUUUCUGGUAUUGGAGUCAUUAGUAUUGAUCCUUUUGGCAAUUGGUGUUAGAUUCUGUUGCAUACUCUGGACAAAGAAGAAGCUUAAAGGUGAACAAGGGCUCGUGAAGUUUCUAGAAAAACGGAGAUCUCUCCAAAUCCAAAAGAAGGCAUUCAACAGGACAAUCUCAAAGUUAGAAAAGAAGACUGCUGUUGUUUCUGCUACAGAGGAAUUAGAAACAGGGGAAAACAAAAGGUUAGAAAAACUGAGCAGUUUGGUUAGAGCAAAAGAAGGUAUAGAAAGGAAGUUAUUAACAACAUACAGCUUGGGAAAGGAUAACAACAAUAGAAAUAAUUGGUCAAAACAAAAGACAACUCUGCUUCCGUUUUACAAAGGGAGUUAUUCUUUUCCUGAUCGGAGUAACAUUUUCAAUACAUUAAGUGAUGUCACAACUUCUUCGGAAGAAGGUCAAUCUCAUGAUCAUGACGAAGACGACUACGAGUUCUAUAACAAGACACAUUUAGUAGAGGAGUUUACAACAUCUGACGAUGAUAAUGAUGAUAUUGGUUAUCAUGGUGAUUAUGAUGCAAUUGAUGAUCAUCAAGAAAUUCGGGAAAUAUCUGGUUCGAGUUCGAGUGGAUUUGGAACACCAUUGGCAUUUGAGAAUGAUGAUGAGAAGUGGGAGGAAAUGCAAAGCGGGAAUGGGAGCAUAAGGAGGAGGACUUCAUGUCCUACUCCUACUACUACUAUUAUGAAGGAUCAAGGUCAGUUUUUACAGUUUUUUAGAUAUAUUUACUUCUGUUAAAACUUUAUGCCCUGAAAUUUUUCAGGUUUGUUUUGAAG